GACAUAUAUUCAGCACCACCUUAAGAGAGACAAAGCAGGGAGUGUUUGUUCGGGUGUCAGUUUUCUGCUCUUGGCUCUUUAAACCAUGUGCGUUUGGCUGCUCGCCCUCUGUGGAGCUGCAUACAAAUAUUGACAGAACACAGUGGUAUUUGUUAAGCUGGGAAGUGAAUGAUUAAAACUGUGAAGGAAGAUCUGAGGACUUCAGACCUUCCUUCGCCCUCCCCUCUCACCCCCACCUUGCCUCCUCCCUCAGCCGUCAGAGUGAAAGUGAAAAUGCUGAAUUUGGCCAAAUGAGAGCCCUGACCUUCUUGCCCUCAGCUUUGCGUGGUAGGAAAAGCCUGGCGUGUUUGAGAGAGCACACAAGAAAGAAUCUCCAGCCAUGGACAAAAAGCAGCAACUAGUCAAAAAGGAUUUUGGAAAAAGAUUUUCUUUGGACAGUAGUCUUACGGAAUAUGUGGACUCGAAUAAAUACAUUGACCAUUUGCUGACUCAGCUGGAAGAGCAGCGCUGGAAUGUAUGGAAGGAGAAACUGUCUGUGGCUCAGUUACAGCAGGAAGUUGCACGAAGUAAGAGUGACGGAACAAUGCGUGAGAAGCUGAUACAUGAGUUGGAAGAAGAACGAUACUUGAGACUUGAAAGUGAAAAAAAAUUACAAGAGGCGACACUGGAGUCUGAGCGCAACAGAGUUCAAAUGAGAGGGUUGCAGCAGCAGUUUUUAAGAAUGGAAGAGACAGUGAGGAAUCUACUGCAAAGUCAAGGAUCCCCACAGCCACACGGAGAAGAACCUGUUGCCAUAAUAAAGGCCUAUCAGGAAACAUUAACGCAGGAAGGCAAGAGAUGCAAAACAGACGUGGAAGACAUUUCUUUGGCAGUAGAUAAAGAUUCAAGGAAUGAAAACAGCAGCACUGAAGAGGAAAAAGAAAAGACGAAAUUACUGCUGGAACGGCUGAAGGCUCUGGAGGUGGCCAAUCAGGUUGUCCAAGCACUGCUUACUCAGAAGGAUUUGAGAGAGGAGUGCUUGAAGUUGAAAACAAGAGUUUUUGACCUAGAACAACAGAAUCGAACACUAAGUGUACUAUUCCAGCAAAGAAUGAAACCAGCAUCUGGCUUACUGCUUCAGAAACUUCAUUCACGCAUCUUAGAUCUGUCGUCUGGGGAUUUCCUUUCAGAGGUAGAGAAGAACAGAAGUUUGAUACAAUCACGAAGUGCUGAUGUUCAGGUUCAUGAAUGUCUACAAAAUAUGAAAUCUGGUGUUCCUUCCUUAAAAUGCCCAAGUCCGUUAAAUGUGACUGGACCUCACCGAGUUUAUCAUCGAAGCAGCUGCAGUAGCAGUGAACUUUCCCUGUCAAGUGCCUGCAGUGAAUAUUCGAGUGGUUCUUCUUAUACUUGGAACGAUGGGAAGACAUGCAAUAAAAGGGUAAGGUCAUCAAUCAACUGGGAGAACAGAAUAAACAUUGGUUCUUCACUCUCUGGCAACCUUUCUAGUCCUGUGGAUGAACUACCUCCAACUCGUAUCAAGGAAAACCACAUUUUGGAAGGGCUAAAGAAACUACAGAGGCAAAAAAUAUUACUUGAACCAGCUUCUGUUCUAUCCAAAUGGGGAUACAAAGAUUGCAUGGAUUCUAAUGAAGGAAUUUACUCCCCUGGAAUUAAGUGCAGCAGUCAUAAAGAACAGGCAGAUUGCACGUCAGAGGAAAUAGGGGCUAUUUGCAUUGAGCAUCAGAAAGCCUUCAUGUACGAUUCUGAUUCACAUGAAGAUGCUGAUGAUGAGUCCUCAUCUUUAGCUUUGCUGUAUGAAGUCCCAGGCAAAGACUGUAGAUACUGCUGUAAUAAAUUAACUCACAGUGUUUCUGACAGUCUAUUUGGUUGGGAACCUGAUAGGAGACAUUUGCUGGGAAGAGGUUCUUAUUUUAAUGCAAAAGAAAGGCCUGAAAAACUGUCUAGUUUUGUCAAUGAAUUUAAUUCACAGGCAAAAUCAUGUGCCAAUAUGGAGCUGCCUGGGUUACAGAUAGAUAAAAGUCUUGCUGAUGUAAGCUGGAGAGACCUUAAUUUGCACCUCUCAGAUACCGAUGACAAUGAAAUCCUGGAUGAAUUACAUAUAGAAAGCAGUGACGAGAAAAGCCCAUCAGAUUUGUCAUUAACACCCUUUGUUAAUAAGCAUGCAGAGAGCUCUGAAGUAUGUAUAAAGAAGGAACAUUUCCAGUUUGUAUGCUCUGAAAAAGAAGCAGACCAGGGACUUUCUCACUCAGACUUUAGGCCAAAGGCAUAUAAUUUUGUUAAGCAGCAAAAGGUUAUAAAGAAGACCUCUUCUGAAGAAUGCAUUGCUGUAAUAUUUGAUGCUGAAGAUGGCAAGCCUAUUGAAUUCAGUUCUCAUCAAACUGGAGUUGUCACUCUAACUAGAGAUGAAAUUGCAGUUACCCAUUCGUAUGCUGGGCCGAGUGUGGAAUAUUCUGAAUGUUUACCUCAGGGAAAAGCAAAGUUGCAGAAAGCAACUGAUGAUAAAGACUACGGUAUUUUGCAAACACCUCAUAAUGAGACUGAUCAGGAGACUGUCCGAAAUAAUCCUAGUGAUGAGCAUGAAGUCCCUACCCCAUACAGAAAUGAAUGUCCUGCCCACCUUGAAAGACCCAGGCUUCAGCAUACUCCACAUCAAAAGCUGAUGAAGUCCGUUUGCAAUACUUCUUCCAAGCCCAGUCCUGCAUCUUGUAUGCUGGCAGGUAGUAAUCAGAAACACAAGUUGACUAAAAUUCCCAGCAGAGGUAAGUUCUUGCCACAUAAUCUGAAAGUCACAAUAAGUGAAGAUUCCAGCACAUUGUUUUCAUGUUCUGCUGUGACAUCAGAGAAGCUGCCUGUAUCAACUGUAAAAUCCUCAAGAUUUAAAAGGUUGCAAAGUCCAACUUGGAAUUCUGAAUUGAAUAUAGACUUGCAUAACAAAAGGGCCUUUGUCCAUACUCCACCAAAUUCUAAAAUUGUGGGGAGAGUAGAUUGGCCUAAGAACCAGCUUGUGGAAUCAACUUCUUUGUCUCAGCAUCUUAUAGAAUCCGGUGACUGUGAAGAGCCACCAACUAGAGAUGUCAAUUGUGAUUUGUCUUCUGUCGAAGCCAGACCUCCAUCCCCACCUCCUCCUCCAGGGAGAUUGGCUUCACUAUUGAUGGGACCAAGUUAUGAAUAUUCACCACCUGUAUCUAAUAAAACAGGGUCUGGUUUUCCCAGUGAGCCAGUGAAAAAUGCAGUUCAGUUGUCGCCAUUGAAACGAACUUCAGGGUCUGCUUCUCAUAAAAUUAGUAUGCAAGAAAUGCAAACCAGCAAACUCCCUCUGACACCUAAAAGUGAAUUAAAUCAUUGUCAUGAGAAGGGAGAGAUGUUUACACAAAGCAAAUGCACACCAGAGCCAACUCCUAGCACUUGUCAAGGCACUCCUAAAUGUUUUAUAAAGAAAAUUUCUCCAAAACCCUCAAACCAGUCAGUAUCUUCUUGCAGUAACAGAGAACUUGGUCAUUCGAAGGAUGUCCUAACAGCUUGCAUGUUGCAAGAUGUGAAUUCAGUGCAGAGAGGAUCCUCAUCAGAGGACACUGAAGUAACUCAGAAAAAGACAUUCCCCAAUAGUUUUGCCACAUCAACAGAUUGUCCUAUAACAAUCCCUGGGGUGCCUUUGCUAUCUCAGAUCAGUCCUUCACCAUUAUCGUUGUUAUCUCAGGGUAAUGAUACUGGAAACAUACCAGACAAAGGAGUGAAACCUCAUCUGCCUGUAGGACUUAAAUUAUUUAUAAAAUCUCCCCAGCUCCUCAGGAAGAGCUCCACCAUACCAGGGAAGCAGGAAAAAGAUAGUAUGAAUGCAGCCUCCAGAGGCUGUGUAAAUUUAACUCCAGAGAGCCAGAGUAAAGCUUUAUCUGAAACUAUCAUAGAUGUAGGAGACACUGAAAUAAGGACUGCUAAGAAAGGAAGGAAGGAAAGCUUUGUUAAGGAAUUUAAUAUGGAUCCAGCAUCCUCAGUUUCAUCUGAAACUGGUAGUUUAGUGGAUCGAGAUGGAUUAGAAAACAAAUUAGUUAAGAGAUCUGUUUCUUCCAGUAGUAAGGCACAUUUGAAGCCAGCUCUUGGUAUGAAUGGAGCAAAGGCUCGUAGUCAAAGCUUUAGUAUUCACACUGGAGAAAAGUCACCUCUGCCAUCUACAGAAGGAUUAGGAAAGGUUCGAACACAGAUUAUAACAAAUACUUCUGAAAGAGGGAAUUCUCUAACCAGACAGAAUUCUGCUGUGGAGGGAUUACAAAUUAAAGCUGUUCCUGGAGCAGCAGUGAUACCAGCCCUGGGUCCAAACACCACAAAAGGUCCGGAAGUCUCAUGUUCUAGAAAAAGUUCUUGUGGAAGUAUGAGUAGUUCUACUAGUCAGAUCGGUAGCCCAAACAAGCAGCCAUUGUGUACGUCACCAAGGGGGGAUUUAUUUCAAGGCAUUUCGAAAAACGAGGGCUGCAAAUCACCGUCUGCGAGAGAUGUCCAAAUUCGAUCCAUCCAUGAUGAAAAAGGCAGUGAAAUUUCCAAAUAUCAACCAGUAAGCAAAAAAAGUGUUACCCAAGCAGAAAUGGCAUUGCAGUCAUCAACUAGUAUUUCAUCAGAACAAAUUCUGCCGCCUCAGAAAAGUCCAGGCAGCCUGCAGUAUCCUUGUAAAUGUGAAGGAAGCAAGGCAAUGUCGCAAGGAGGCUGUUUAAAGACAUCAGGUAGGGUUUCAGCCUCAUCUGUAUUGCAACCCACAAUAGAAGAGAAAGUCAUGUUGUGCAUCCAGGAGAAUAUGCAGAAGGGACAAAGGCAAAGUAAACCCACCACCACAGAAACUAAGUCAAAGAGUGGAGGGCCUUCCAUUGCUAGUUGGUUUGGUUUCCGGAGGACUAAACUCCCAGCCUUGAGUGGUAGAAAGACAGACAUUUCUAAAGUAAAAGUAGAAAAAAAAGAAUCAAAAGCUUCAGCAUUUGGAAGCAAGCAAACAAAAUUUGAAAAACGGAAAGACAAAAAGAAAACUGAACAGCACUGUGAAGCAGAAAAUGAGCUCAAUAAAAAGACUUUGAACAGUGGUAUUGUAGACAGUGCUCCAAAAGGAAAGAAAAUGUCAAAAGCCACACCGAGCCGCCUCAGCCAAAACAGCUGUGAACAAAAGAAUGAUUCUGCUACUCCAAACUCAGGAAAAGACAGCUUUAUGAAGGAACUUUUGCACAGAGUUGAUAAGAAAGCAGCCCAGCAGACAGAAAGUGGAUCAAAUAAUGUUUCCUACAGGAGCGUGUCAAAGGGCAGUUCCCAGAGCCCUUCUCUUCCCAGCAAGUCUAUUGGCACUCAAGGAAACCUGAAAAAAAUCAGCAAAACAAAGGCUGAUACGGAAAAAACAAAGGAGACUGUGGUCGAAGUGGUAGCAGGGAAUUUCCCAGAAGACGAAGAAGACAUAGUCACUGAUUCUGCAUGUGAAAGCCAUUUGAUAGAAUCCUGCUGCCAAAUGAGGACCUUGGACAGUGGAAUAGGAACAUUCCCUCUCCCUGACUCAGGAAACCGCUCAACUGGACGCCACACUUCUAAGCAAGAACUGGAUAUAAAAAUGCAAGUUUUCACAUCACCUGGGCAAGCUUUUUCUCAGGCACCUUCUGAGAAAGCCAAAACCCUUGAACGAGAAGUGCCUUCAACAGCUAAUAAGAACCGGGAAUCUGUUGAGAAUAUAAUUUCUCAUUCAGCUUCUGAUCCUACUAUGACUGCUAAAGGAUUACUAACUUUUCAGAGUCGCCUGCCAAAACCAGUGUCUGCAGGAGUAACGAGCCCUGUAAAGAAAUGCAGACAGGAGCAGAAUUCUGUGACUUCUGCAUCACUAGAAUAUUCAAAGAAAGAAAGAGAUGCCGCCAAGAUCUUUCCUGAUUGGAACAGUAAAAAAGCUAUUAAAGCAAAGGACAGGGCACUGAGAGUAUGCACUUAUUCUGCUAGUAGUAGCAGUGACACUGAAACAGAGCUGGAAUAUGAAACAAGUGAUUUUGGAACCAGAGGGGAAAAACUCGUUGAUUUAAUGAACAACAAACAAGCUGAGCAAGAAGAAAAUAGUGUGAGGAAGUCGUUUACGGGGAGGCCCAUGUCAAUCCUGGAUUUAUACCAGCACAGCCUCUGUGGCCAUUUUGAACAGGAUGGGCCUGAACAAUUAGCACAUUACAGUUUUAUUGAACAGCUGAAUGGAACCUCCGUUAAAGAUGGCACAACAAAAAAGAUCCCUAGUAAAUUGAAGCAACCUGAGGAAACAAAGGAUGAUUCUAAGAAGAGGUUAUCUAAACUUUCCCUGGAGUCCCUCAACAAGUUUAACAGCAGCAGAAACAUUUUAUUGGAAGAGAGGAAUGUUCUGGAUAAGGUUGGAGGGCAGGAAGAAGAAAAUGAGAAGACUGAAGAAGUUUCUCUAACUAGUUCCAAUAGGCAUGGUGUAGACCACUUGGAAUCAUUGAGUGAUUCUUUGUAUGACAGCUUCUCGUCCUGUGCAAGCCAAGGCUCAAACGAUAUAUAAGUACAAUCUGUAGUGAUGGACACUAAGUGAUGUUUGGAAGAGGAAAACUAAAUACACAACAAAAUGAAGCUGAAGACAAGUGGCUAAGACUCACAGUAUGAUACUAUAUGCAGAUAUAUUCAUGUAGAGCAAUAAAGAGGGAGGAGACUGCAUUGUAAUAAAAAGACUGAAAGUUAAACACCAACAUAGUUGUUACUGAAAAGGAGUCUUACUUUUGCACUUUUACAAGUAUCUGUACAGAAGUUGUAAAAAAUGUUCUUUGGGGGGAACAGGAAAGAAAAUUAUAUUUGUAGAAAAACAUGACAGCAAUAAUUACUAAUUGGUGCCAUGCGCCUGACAUGGCAGUUUACUAACUAUAACACUGAUGUUAAUAUUAACAAACUCAGUAAA